GAGGGAGGUGCAAGGUGCAGAAAAAAUAGGAGAGAGAGAGAGAGAGCCAGACGGGUGGAUACUGCUGGAGAAGGAUAUAAGUGCUGCAAUAGCAGCUGUAGGGAAAAAUCCAAAUGGGAGCCAGAUAACCCCUGGUGGGGUUGGUGAGCCCCCCUGCUGAGAGAGACAGGAGCAUGCCAAUGAAGAUCCUCUUGGUAGACUGAGUAGUGCUGUAUCCCAGGUCUGCAGAGCUAUGAGAUAUGGAGGAAGCAGGCAGCUCCCUGCGGCAUCCCCGCUCAUCUUCUCCCAUGUCCCAUCUGACAGCCCACCUCUCCUGUCCUGCACUGCUGCACCUCUUCUGUCUUCUGCUGCUCUCCUGUCCACAGCCUUGGGGAGCCUCUGCUUCACAGACAGCACCGCGCCACAAUGAUACGGCUGGCACACUUGCAGAAGAAGAGCAGGCAUCUCAACGAAACAGCAGCAGUAGAGAAAACCCUAAUCACAACCAGAGCGAUGAAGUUCACAGAGAGAUCACACUGCCCUCAAGACUAGUUUAUUACCUUAACAAGGAAUCAGAAAGCCCAUAUCACAUACUGGAUACCAAGACAAGGGACCAGCAAAAGCAUAACAAGGCUGUGCAUCUUGCCCAAGCCAGUUUCCAGAUAGAGGCCUUUGGAUCCAGAUUUAUCCUUGACCUAUCACUAAACAAUGGUCUCUUGUCCUCUGAGUACGUGGAGAUUGAGUAUGAUGAAGGAAAGCCAAAACUCAACAAGGGAGGAGAACACUGCUACUAUCAUGGUACCAUCAGAGGUGUGAAGAACUCAAGAGUGGCAAUAUCUACUUGCAAUGGUUUACAUGGAAUGUUUGAUGAUGGCACCCACACCUAUAACAUACAUCCCGUGGACCUAACUCACAACACUGAAAGCACAAGUCGCCCCCAUGUCAUAGAGAAAGCUCCAGGAUCCCAAAUUCCUAGUGUACCACACCAUUUAGAUUCUGAGAAGAAAGUCAACACCCAACAGCCAUAUUUUGCACAAACACAGUGGGUAAGAAGGAGAAGGAAACGGACAGUCAGUACACGCGGUGGAGUAUUUGAAGAGAUGAAAUAUAUUGAACUUAUGAUUGUGAAUGAUCAUCAAAUGUAUAAGAAACAACGUUCUUCUCACAUGCAUACCAGCAAUUUUGCUAAAUCAAUAGUGAAUGUGGUGGAUUCAAUUUAUAAAGAACAGCUGAACACGCGGGUGGUUCUGGUCGCCGUAGAGACGUGGACGGAUAAGGACCGCAUAACAAUUGGCCCUGACCCCCUGAAGAUGUUACAUGACUUCUCCAAGUACAGACAGAAUUAUAUUAAACAACACGCUGAUGCCGUACAUCUUCUUUUGAAUGGAAAUUUCCAUUACAAGAGGAGCAGUAUGAGCUAUUUUGGAGGAGUGUGUUCGAUUCCUAGAGGUGUUGGAGUGAAUGAGUAUGGUUUCCUGAUGGCCAUGGCACAGCAGCUUGCACAGAGCUUAGCGCAAAACCUCGGUAUUCAGUGGGAACCAGCUUCUCGAAAGCUGAAACCAAAAGAAUGUGACUGUGCAGAAAACUUUGGCGGAUGCAUCAUGGAAGAAACAGGAGUGUACCAUUCUCGGAGAUUUUCUAAAUGCAGUAUUGCUGAGUUCAAGGAAUUUCUUUCCCGUGGAGGGGGUUCAUGUCUAUUUAAUAGGCCAACAAAGCUGUUUGAAGUGACAGAGUGCGGCAAUGGUUAUGUGGAGCCAGGAGAAGAGUGUGACUGUGGUUCACGAACAACAAAACAUUUUACCCAGGAUUGUAUUGGAGACUGCUGCAAGAAAUGUUCUUUGUCUAAUGGUGCACAGUGCAGUGAUGGACCAUGCUGCAACACAUCUUGUCUGUUUCUACCUCGUGAGUAUGAGUGUCGUAAUGCAGUGAAUGAUUGUGACAUCACAGAGCAAUGCACAGGAGACUCAGGCCAGUGUCCACCCAAUCUUCGCAAACAAGAUGGCUAUGCCUGCAAUUCAAACCAGGGACGUUGUUACAAUGGGGAAUGCAAGACAAGAGACAAUCAGUGCAAACACAUCUGGGGACAAAAAGCUUCAGGGUCGGACAAAUAUUGUUAUGAAAGACUGAAUGCAGAAGGCACAGAGAAAGGAAAUUGUGGAAAGGAUGGAGGUAACUGGAUCAAGUGCAGCAAACAUGAUGUAUUUUGUGGAUUUUUGCUGUGUGCAAAUGUAUCUAAAACCCCUCGUAUUGGCAAAUUAGAGGGUGACAUUCCACCAACAUACAUUAAUCACCAAAAGAGAGUUCUGGACUGCAGUGGUGCCCAUAUUCUUUUGGAUGAUGAAACUGACAUGGGAUAUGUAGAAGAUGGAACACCAUGUGGCCCAUCAAUGAUGUGCUUAGACAGAAAAUGUCUCCAUAUUUCAUCACUAAACAUCAGUAGCUGUCCAAUGGGCUCAAAUGACAAAGUCUGUUCUGGACAUGGGGUUUGCAGCAAUGAAGCCACAUGUAUAUGCUCUUCCAACUGGGCAGGAACGGACUGCAGCAUUUAUGACCCAAAAAAAGACAUUCCUGAAAAAAAAGAGGAAGUACCGAAGGGUCCUAGUGCUACCAACCUUAUAAUAGGGUCCAUCGCUGGUGCCAUCCUGGUAGCAGCUAUUGUCCUUGGGGGGACUGGAUGGGGCUUUAAAAAUGUCAAAAAGAGAAGAUACGACCCAUCUCAGUCUGGAAUAUGAGGCAACUUGGAUAUUGUCUUCCUACACCCAUUGGUCAAGGUCUCCAAUGUCACAUUUAUGGGGAAUCGUCACUCCAUCUUAUCCAUGGCCAUCAAAAUUGAGCCUUUAAUAUUUUGACAAUAUCCUCAUUGGCUUUGUUUUCUCAGAAUGCUCAUUGAUAUAUCUCUUUUGAACUCCAAAUCAGCCAACUAUAUAACAUUACAAAUAAAGGUGCAAUAGUUUUUCUGAAAAUAUAAGGUUCAAAAAUGAAAACCUCUUCUAUCUCACUGGUUGUCGCUCAGUAUGCUUCAUCGAACUUAAGCAUGAUUAAUUCUUCUCAAAGAACACUAAAGAAAAACCAAGGCAUGAUUUUUUUUAUUUUUUUUUUACUGAAGAAAAGAGCAACGUUGCAUGGCACAGCACUAAGCAGACAUACGAAAUUAAACAUACCGUAGAUGUAGCUACUGAACCAACCAUGUUCAAUGUGGAAAAUGGUGACAUCAUCGUGGAACAUGGAAGAAUUACUUUAUUACAUGCUUUGCAGGCUUUUAAUCCACAAAAAAACAUUUCUCAAAAUCUAAGCCAUGAUUUCUCUGCACUGACAGAGUGGACAUGAAGUCAUACAAAUAAAAAGCAAAAUACUAAGGACAUGUAAAUAUGAAAAUAGGACUUUAAAUAUAAUGUACUGAAAGAUUUUCGGAUGACAAAAGCUUUAU